UCGUACACAACAGGUGGGGUUGGGUCUCCCAGGAUCUUUACUCUUUAAACGAUGAUGAUCAGCUAAACCAUCUCCAGCUUCCACUCCCAAUUCCCAGCUCAUCCUACCAGAUGAAGUUGCGAGCUCUCCAGGAUUUGAGUCGAGCCCAAAACGUAAUCUCACAAAUCUCUCCAGUCGCCGCUUCCCUCUCCGACCCACUGCUUCACACACGCUGCUCCUCAUGCUUCUCGCCAUUAUCGGAAAACCCUAGCUCUCGCUUUCCUUGCACGAAUACUUGCAGAGGCUCUGUUCUCUAUUGUUCUCUCCAUUGCCUUGAAUCCGACUCUUAUUCCCAUGUAUCGAGUGGAGAAUGCUUUUAUUUCCACAUUCUCAACUCUUCUUCUUUCUCAGAAGAAGAUUCAUGCGCUAUACGCUUAGCUCUUCGGUUGCUUCACGCUUUUAGGGUUUCAGCGUUCCUGGAUCACUCAAGAAUUGGGGGUUUAUUAACAAACUGCCAUGAAUUCCUGCAGAGACCUGUUGUUAAUGAAGAGGAUUUUGAAUUGCGUGAGAAUAUUAGGAAAUGGGCGAGGAUUAUGCGUUUCUUGAGAAGGGAAAUGGUUCAUGGAAUCGAGGGUUAUCAGAAAACUGAAGAGAGAGAAAACAUUUUGGAAGAAGCAGUUUUGUGCUGUGUUAUAACGAAUGGGGUUCAGGUUGAGGUUGGGGGCUUGGUUCUUGGUAGUGCUGUUUAUGGGCCUCUGUUUUCAUGGUGUGAUCACAGUUGUAGGCCCAAUGCCUGUUACUGGUUUUCACUUAGCAAAGAAUUGGACAUUACGAAUGACGAUCAAAUUAUGGGGAAUGAGUGUUUGCAUUUGAAACCAGAGUCGGAGAAUGCUGAGAUAAGCAAUGAAUCCAUGGUUAGUGUGCGAAUGUGGAGUGGAGGUGGAUGCAAUUCAGGCCCAUCAAAACAGGGUCCUAUGAUAACUUUGCGGACCAUCAAACCCAUUUUAAAAGACGAAGAGGUGCGCAUUGCAUACAUUGAUUUAUUGCAACCCAAGGCUAAAAGGCAUGCAGAGUUGUGGUUGAAAUAUAGGUUCAUUUGUUGCUGUGACCGAUGUACUGAUCUGUCAAGUAACUAUGUGGAUUGCCUCUUGCAAGAGCCUAAUGCCCACUAUGGUUCUACUGAGACAAUCGGUGCAGAUGAUUUCUAUGGGAAGCUGGCUGAUUUCAUGUAUCAAACCAUAGCUAUAUACUUGUCAAAUGGGAAAGCUGAAGCUUGCUGCGAAAAACUCGAAAACAUGCUUGCCAAAUGUCAACGGCCAGGGCCUAGAGAGGCAUCGCCGAGUGUGUUCAAGCUAAAUCCCAUCCACCGUCUCUCUCUAGAUGCUUACAUUACAUUGGGGUCUGCCUAUAGGGUUUGCGCCAUUAACCAGUUCCCUCUCUCCUCAGAGAAGAACUUUCAGUUUAACAAAGCAGAUGCAGCAUACUCCUUAUUACUUGCUGGUGCAGUCAAUUACUUGUUUUAUUUUGAGUCAUCUUUGAUUGCUAGUGCCGCCUCUUUUUGGGUGGGGGCUGGAGAGUCUUUAUUGAGGCUUCUGAGAAAUUCUGGGUGGGCAAGCUUGAACAAGACACACUGUCCCUCUCUCUCUAUUGUUAGAGAGAAGUUAAACCUUGCAUCCCUAAGCUGCAAUUGCUUGCACUUGAUGGGUUUUGAAUGCCAUGAUUCCCAAAAUUACAUAGAGAGAAAAAGUUCGGUGCCUUUGGGCCAGCUCUCUGAGAUAUUGAAUGGCUUUCUUCAUUGUGCGUUGCUGCUUUCAAGGAGAGCCUGGUCAUUUUUGAGCUUCGGCUGCUCUUACUUGGAAGCCAUUAAGGAUCCCAUAGACUUCAGCUGGCUUGCUUCAUCUGAUGCCCUCCGUCAUGGUGAGAUUGGGUGUUGGAACUAUACUAUGACUGAUUUGGGUCUUUGCUCAGAGAGGCAAAAGGGCUUAGGGGGCUGUGAAUGUGAACCAGGGAGCUGUUUGGAGGAGGAGAAGCUCUCUCUCUACUUGUUGGCAGCUCAUUGCUUGAUUUAUGGAAAAUACCUUAUGAGUAUCUGCAAUGGUUUCUGUGAAACACAGGUUAAUUACAUUUCUAACCAGCUUGAUUUUACAGGCUAAUUACAUCUCUCUCUUGGCCUAUCAAACAAAUAAACAUGUAAAGGCUAAAAUCUCUGGACCACUUUUCUGAUACAUCAAAGAGCCGUCAUCAUUGUGAAACAUAAUCAUGAGCCCUUCCCCUAAAAUGAGUACCUUGAUGUUACAAUGUUCGAUGGCAAAAUUUUGCAAUAUUAAAGCUAAUGUUGAAGAAAGCUGGCCUACUUGUAACUGUCCUUGAACCAUGCAUAUGAAUGGGGUUUAGAAAAACCGGUUUACCCAGUGCUCAGAAAAACCGGGUAAGUUUCACUGGGGAGGGUCGAUCCAGUGUAUAACAGUAUUGGUCCA